CUUUAAGAUAAAGCAAAAGCAAGUAGCUAGCAAGGGAGAAGGGGAAAUAGAGAAAAGAAAAGAAAAGAAAAGAGAAGGGAAAAAUAAGAAGAGGAAAGGGAAGAAAGAAAGAGAAAGAGAAAGAGCAAAAAAAGAAAAGAUAGAAAGAAAGACAAAAGGGUGGGUUGUGACUUGUAUUGAAGAGUCGUCGAUGAUGAUUAUUGAAACAAAGAGGAAGAGUAGCAGGGGGGAGUGUAGCAGCAUAGCGUUUUAAUUUCCCCCUACCCUAUAGCUUAGCAUCGAUGGUACAAAAGUAAGAAACCCUUCUUUAAUUUGGAGAGAACAACUACUAUAGCUUUAGGGAAGAAAAGAAAGAGAGCGCGGGGUAAAGGGAAAUAUCUUUUCUUUUUUUUUUUAUUUGUAAGAAACGAUUAAGAGAUCUUAAUGAAUAGAGGAGGUGGUGUGGUUGAGCAAAUGAUGGGUUCCGGGAACCCUAACUGCUGGAACUCUCCUUCUUCUGAUUUCUUGUCAUACUCCUCCACUACUAAUACUCCUUCUUCAUACACCAACUUUCUUCUGAAUCCACCACCACCAUAUGUACCUCAUCCUCCCACUUCUUACUGGCAUGAACAUGAGCAUGAGCAUCACAAUAAUACUAAUCCAGACCUUCCCGGCGACUCAUGGACUCACCUAAUCAUGAGUGGAGGAGAAGAAGAGAAUGGUAGAGGUAUAUGGCAGCAUCAUGCAUCAGAGCUUGAUGAUGUGAAGCAAGAAAGGUCCGUAGAGAGCAGUUAUGUGUACGGUGAUGGAAGUGCAGGGAAACCUAACUGGUCUCACAAUCAGAUGAUACUGCUUCCUCCUAAUGCUUCUUCUUCUUCCAAUUCUACUUCACCACCCAAAUCAUCAUGUGUCACCUUCACCACCAGCAUCUUGGACUUUUCCACCCAGCCCACGCUUCCUCCACCUCCACCUCCACCUCCACCUCCAUCUUCCGCCGAGUGCAAUAGCAUCGCAGGUGGUGGAGCAUCGAAGAAAGCUAGGGUUCAACAGUCGACGUCUUCGUCGACGUUCAAGGUUAGGAAGGAGAAGUUAGGUGACAGAAUCGCAGCUCUCCAUCAACUCGUUUCCCCAUUUGGAAAGACUGACACUGCGUCUGUCUUAUUAGAAGCUAUUGGGUAUAUCAGAUUCCUUCAGAGUCAAAUUGAGGCCCUUAGCUUACCUUACUUGGUCAAUGGAUCACCAAACAUGAAACACCAAAAUCCUGUUCAAGGAGAGAAGAGUUGUUUAUUCCCUGAAGAUCCCGGUCAGCUGCUGAAUGAAAACUGCUUGAAGAAGAGGAAAGCAACUACUCAGCAGGAGGGUUCCCAGCAUCAAGAAGAAGCAAAGAAGGACCUGAGGAGUAGGGGGUUGUGUCUGGUUCCAGUGUCAUGCACACUGCAAGUUGGAAGUGACAAUGGAGCUGAUUAUUGGUCUCCUGCUUUUGGUGCUGGAGGAUUUCGAUAGAUCCAUCUAGCUGCUACUCUGAUCUCUGCUAUAAUUUAUCGGGGGUAACAUAUAUAUAUAUAUACAAACAUAUGUAUAUGGAACCACGUUGAGACGAAAAUUCAUGAAUUUGUACAACAUCACGAGCAGUCAAUCUGCUACAAAAUCUAAGGCUGAUUGCUCAUGAUGCUAUACAACAUUCCUGAAUAAAUUGUGUACUUACCCUAUUUCAACCACUAGUUGCAAACCUUUGGUAACACUACUUAAUACAUCAUGGGAAUCGAGCUGUUAUUUUUAUUUUCA